UUUACUAGCUCACUCAACAGAAGAUGUGCUCCAAGUCUUGCAAAAGGAUAUAGGGAGGUGGCUUAGCGCUGUGAGUGUGCAUGCAAGGGUUGAGGGGAAGGCCUGCGACGAUGGAGGAGGGAUGAGGUCUGGGACGGAGGAUAUCCAGCUCGAUUCUAUUCUGAGUGCUGGGGUUUCUUCUCAGAGGGGUCGGAACAACCACUCUGGCCACCGGGCCUUGGAGACAAGCGCACGCCCCGCCCUUUCUCCUCCCCAGAUCUGCGGGCCUUUGUUAUGCAGAUGGCGGCGGGAGGCUGAGCCACGGAAGGAGGGGUUGCUGGGGAAGGAGGAGACCGAGAAGGGGAGGGAGGAAAGUACAGCUCGCGCGACCAGCCUCCUCUUCCAACGUCACAUUGUGCAAGAGACAAAACCCGGGCGCGCUGGAGCUCACACGCGCACGCACGGCAGACGCCCCGGUCGCCUCCUCUCUGUUCCUUGCGCGGUAGAGAAAGCCGGCCCAGCUUUGCUUUGCUGAGGACGCCGAGCUCAGCCGGCUCCCAGCGCAGUUCAGAGCCAAGGCGGGAGGUGAACCCAGCCGGGGGACCACCUUCAAUCUCCGCUGCCUGCCAGGCUGAGUCGUCCCAUUCAAUCCCAUCCCCCUCCCAGAACUCUGAUCUCUCCCCCACCCCACCCCUUGGGGCUUUCACGCGGACAGCGCCCGGGAACCAAGGGCGUGUCAUCGGGUUUGGAAUCCACAUUUCAGCACUUCGGACAGCGCCCCGGUCGUCCGGACUCCUUGGGUUUUCAGGAUGACCAGCCUGCAGCAGGGCGAGAAACAGCUGUUUGAGAAGUUCUGGAAAGGGACCUUCAAAGCAGUGGCCACUCCGCGUCCCGAGAGCAUCAUCGUUGCCAGUAUCACAGCCCGUAAGCCACUGCCAAGGACGGAGCCCCAAAGCAGUCUCUUGGUCCCAGCCCAGGAUGGACCUUCAGAAAAGUUGGGCCAACGUCUGGCCACUGAGACCUUUGGUGUCAACAGCUGGGAAAGAGAUAAGACCUGCAGGGAGCUGGGUCCUGCCCGAGCACACAGUGCCUCUCAAGAAAGAGACCUGACACCACCACCUUCCUCCAGGGGGAAAAAGAAAAAGAAGAAAUCGACCAGGAAGAAGAGAAGGAGGUCCCCAUCCUACAGCCCAUCACCAGUCAAGAAAAAGAAGAAGAAAAGCUCCAAGAAGCAUAAGCGAAACAGGUCUUUUUCCAAGAAGAGGAGACACAGCUCCUGUAGCCCUAAAAGCAAAAGACGGGAAGAGAAGAAGCACAAAAAACAAUCUCGAAGCCGGAAGUCUCACCACCAUAGACACCACCAUUGCCCCUCAAGGUCUCAGAGCUCGGAACUGCGCUCUUCCAGCUGCGAGAGCAGGUACCGAGGUCGUUCUCCCGAGGAAGGGCGGAAAUCCCGCCGAACACACUCCCGCCGCUGCUCCAAGAACCACUACAAGGUCAGCCCAGAGGCCCGAUCCAGCCACCUGCCCAGCCAGCCCCUCCAGAGGCUCGGCUUCCUGUCAGCCAGGGGUGUAAUCUCUGGGUCGGGGUCUGCUGCUGACCUCUUUAGCAAAUCAACCAGCCCGCUCACCGCCUCCCGAGGACGCUCGCAGGAGUACGACUCAGGCAAUGACACCUCCUCGCCGCCCUCCACGCAAACCAGUUCCGCCCGGUUGCGGGGCCAGGAGAAGGGGAGCCCCGGUGGAUGUCUGAGCAAGAGAGGGGACCUCAACUGCGGUAAUAGUUCCGAUUCAGGGAACUCCUUCACCACUUCCUCCCCGCAAAACAAGGGGGCUGUUCUGGAGAACGUCUCUCCCACCUGCAGGAGCAGUGAGUCAAGAGGAUUUCAGUCUCCGUGUCUACAGUGUGCUGAGGUGAAGAAGUCUAAUUUGGUCCCAUCCACAGCCCGGAGUUCCCCCAUCAAAGAGUGCUCCCGUAGCUCCUCCUACACCAGCACUCGAUCUUCCAGCCCCUCUUCCCAGUCCCCAAACCACAGAGCCUCCCCCAGGUACACCCGGAGCCGAUCCACCUCUUCUGAAAAAAGGUCCUACUCUCGCUCUCCCAGCUAUUCUUCCAAGUCUGGCAAGAGGAGCCCGCCUAGCAGAAGCUCUAGGUCUCGUCGCAGUCCCAGCUAUUCCCGCUACAGCCCUAGCAGGGAUUCCAAGUACGGUGAGAAGGAAUUGCAGCCCCGAGAACGUGCACGCAGGAGGCGACGGUCCUACUCACCCAUGAGGAAGCGCCGGAGAGACUCCCCAAGCCACCUGGAGGCGCGAAGGAUAACCAGUGCCCGCAAACGCCCCAUCCCUUACUACCGACCCAGCCCCUCCUCAUCCAGCAGCCUCAGCAGCACCUCCUCCUGGUACAGCAGCAGCAGCAGCCGCUCUGCCAGCCGCAGUUACUCCCGGAGCCGGAGUCCCAGCCGGAGCCGCAGCAGGAGCCAGACCAGGAGCAGGACACGGACCAGCCGCAGCUCCAGCUCUCGCAGCCUCAGCCUGGGCUCCCGGAGCCGCAGUCGGAGUCGGAGCCUGAGCUACAGCUCAGCAGAAAGCUAUGCCAGCACGAGGCGCUAAGCAAGGGCCCUCCUUUGAGCCAGCUGCCCACCGGGACGACCCCUCUGUACUCUGCCUGUGUCCUUACUACCUGCUCUUCAUGCCAGCUCCCUGGUGACAGAUACGAAGGCUUUCUGGCUCAUGUCUUCUGUGCGUUCCUGGGAAGGUGGGACGGGAUACAGGGACUCUUGUUCCUUUGCCAAGUUGCUAGUAGCCUCUACCAGCAUCAUCCUGAGGGUCAGCUGGGCCGACGGAGAAGGCCACCUGUGGAAAGCUACCAUCCAUGACUCAAAAGUUUAAGCUUGGCCAAGACACGCGGUGACAUGUUCCACCCAUCCACUGCUCACAGGCUGUAUACUGGAGGCCAGGGUCGAUCCAUCCCUCACCCCGACCUCCUUCUCCCCUCCUUCAGUCUCAUGGCUGCACAGUUUGGAUCCCAGUGUUGGAAAGAGAGGAGACCAAGGGUGAAGUCCAAGAAAAUAGCUCAGGGCUUUUCUCCUCCCAACAUGGGCAAAGGCUGGGAGCUCCUGAGUCCUUCAGGGAGAAAGCGGACAUCAGCAGGGAAGGUAGAUGUGGGUUAAGAUUGGACAUGGCAUCUGUAGUUAUUCCAAGCAGCAAAGAGUAAGGUAAUUUGCCCCCUAGUAUGUCAGCCUGGUCAGGGAAGGGACUGCAGCGGGUUCCAGCUUUGUGGAGACCAUUACAUAGGGCCCUGUGACCCCAUAACGAUAAGAAGAUGAUGGAACAGUCAGCAUACCUUGGGCCACAGCCCUAUUCCCCAAAUUCACCUCCUCCCCAGUAGCUGGCACCAACGUGAUUCCACGGGACCAUCUGCUGAGCCUUCCCGCUGCUGUGGCUAGCAGCCAGCCUCCAGCGCCAGCCAGUCUGCCCUUGCCCUCCAGUUGGCGCCUGACAGCCCCCUCCACAUUGCCCAGACGGCCACACCCUGGAUUCUACCCAGGGCAGGCUGACACCUACCAUCUCACAUGGAGACCAUUCUCUUUGCCUCUCAGGAAUUUUCUCAAGACGGGGACACUGCAUGUAGCUCAAUAUUGUGGGGAAAGACGGAAAUCCAGAGAACCUGUUGAUAGAGGGACUUGAGGGGUCCCUGGCUCGGGGCUCCUGCUGGCUUCUGAGUUUGCUGUCAGCUUAGGAAAGUUGAGUGGUUGCUGCUGCCCUCGCUCUGCCUUCCUCCUCCCUAGGGCAAGGGCAAGCUGCCCUCUGACACACAAACACCAUCAGCUGCUUUGUCUGCAGGAGACAUUGGGAACAGGCAGGCCAGGGAGAUGGUCCUUAAAAUAAACCCCCGGGCAUCCCCCUCACCAGCUGCCUGGCUUUCCAGAGUCUAGGAGGUGUUAAGUUUGUGGUGGCAACAGCUGAGGGCCAGGGCACAUGGAGAAAGAGGUUCUCCCCCCAACUUCGGACACUGGAACACGAUGGCUGCCACGACCCAGCAUUGUUCAUCCCGCUUGCUCCAAGGAAAACAUCUGGGGGGAGGGGUCCCAUCUUAAAAGCAAUGAUCGAUCCAUGCCAAUCUUUCCCAACCUAUCAGCCUAGGGGUCCAGCGAGCGCCAGGGAAGUUCGUUAUCUGGUAGGCAAGGAGGAGCACCUGUGGCCAUACUGGCCUUCCUACCAUGGCUUCCAGCCCAGACCAAAACUCCACCCACCAAGACUCAAGGAUGCCUAAGCUGACGCCACAGAAGGCCGGAUAGCAGGUGCCUGGCACAGGAGUCGGUGCCCCCGGAGGGCAUGUACAGCAACUGUAAAUAACCCUCAUCCCUGCCAGGUUGCCAACCCCGAAGAUGAGGCUUCCAGGAGCCACCGAACCUCCUCAGCAGGACAGCUUGUGAAGGCAUGAGAGCCUCUCUCGAAGACACAGACUAUCUUCAUUCAAACCCCUCUAGGGGACCAUUUUGCCCAGGGCUCCUAGCAAGCUUUAUAUUUAUUUAUUUAUUUAUAUUUAUUUAUUAUUUAUGUGUUGAGCUCUUCUUUCUCACCAUUAGCAGUAUUUAUUUAUUUAUUUAUUCAGAGAGAUUGUGUGUCAAGAUAUGUGAUCAUGUGUAUGUGUUUGGUGGGAUGGUCUUCUAAAUUAUUUGUGCUUUAAAAAAAAAAUAUAUCCUGUGGCUAUGGCUGCAGUUGGAGAGGUCAGAGGAAUCUUGGUCUUUCCCAUGAAUGUUUUAAGCCCUGAACAUUCUGGAACUGACCGGGAAAUAUACGAGUCCCAAGGUUCAUUAUUCAGCUUGCUGCCAGUGAGGUGCAGGUCUGUGCCUCGGCUCUUCAGACGCAUGCUGCACCACUCCUGUAUCUGAAGGAUGAGGUCAGCCACAGAGUCCAUGAGCCUAAAUCCAAGGCCGGGGCCUGACGUUAGAAUGUAGCUACGCAAACGUGAAAGAGUCAGGAAAUCUUUGGCUAACUGCUUAGAGUCAGAAUGCCGUGUCUCGGCCAGUCUUCAGAGACAUCAGUGGCACGCAUCAGAGAGCCCUUACCUCGUGGUUGGGAAACCCUGUGGUAAGAAGGGUUCAAUACUAACUAGCAUGGCUCUUGGAGACAAGGUGUCAAUUUGACGAGGUUUGAUUGAUGCUCACAGUGGGAGAGAAAGGCAGGACAAACCCAGGGAAGACAUGGUGAUCUUCCUGAUAUCAGCGAAAGGCACCUGCUUCUCCUCCUGCUAUCUAAUUCCCCUCCCCCAGCUUUGGAGGUUGGAAAACGUGCCUGUAUCGUCUGCAGUAGACAAACACUGUCUUGUGAAGAGGGCAGGGGCCAUCCUGGGUGACACCCAAACACCCAAAGCAAAUGCCCUUUUCCUGUGUUCCAUUUGGGGUGGCACAAAACAACUUCCAAAAUUAGACAAUAAAGUACAGAUGGAGGGGACAGCCAGACGUCCCCAGAAAGGUCAUUUCUAAGCUUAUUCUGGGAGCUAGGUCCUGAAGACCUUUAUCAAUUCUUCCUUCCUAACCAACUGGCAGUGAUUCUGGCUGCAGGCUACAGCGAGCUCUUGCCCUUUCUGUGGUCAUUCUCCAUGGACUUUCAAGGUCAGCUUGCCUGGCCCAGUUGUGGAUUUAGUAAAACUUUCGCUAUAUCCCCGACUCUUUAAUAUGGCUGUCAUAUUCUAACCCAAGCAAGGUGUCAUUCUUCCCUUGGAAACAAUUGUCAGAAGCUGGUUUAGAUACCUGUAAGGUUAGGUGCACUGCGCUCCUCCUCCUUUUCCUCCUUCUCCUCCUCCUCUUCCUCCUCUUCCUUCUCCUCCAUCUGUCUUGCCCAUUCCUUUUCUCCCCUAUACUGCUUUGCUUUCCCAGCAAACAUGGAUCUCCUUCCAGGACACUGCUAACCUUGGCUAACUAGAACCAUGGAACCCUGGUCUAUCUAUCCACCUUACCCUCUUUACUUUCCAUUUCUGGGGAAUAACUCCACUUGGAAGCAAUCCAUAGUCGUGUUUGUACAGUGGAUUGUCACACUGUGUUGUGGAGACUGCUCACAGUGAAGGUGUAAUUCACCCACCAACAUCCAAAAUGGGUGAGAGUGUAGGCUGAGGUUAAGCAACAUGCUGCCAAAGCACCUUGACCUUCCCGCUGUGGCCGUGCUCCUCGUGAGUGCAAUAGGGCUAAUUAUCACCUUACUGCAGACCAGGGUUCCCACUUAGUGAGGUGGGGUAGUUGGCCUGAGGCCCAAGGGAGCCAACAAAUACAAUGAGUUCCACUGAGACUCGAGAAGGAAAGGGGUUUGAAGUGCUAUAAGGAGAUUCCUAGGAAUAGCUAAAAAUAGCACCCGAAUCCCUGCUGGGUGGCUAGAAAGUUGACUAACCCCAUCCAUGUUCACCAAAGUUGGACUUCAUUCCAGGCUCUCUUUGAGACCUCCUUGGAAGGCGACUCAGCUUUUCUGGAGCAGAAUAAAAUGGAGAUAGAUGUUGGGAAGGAGUUUGGGUCUCAGCCUCAGAGAGCCCCUAUUCUUACAUUUCUCAGCCCCGUUCUCUUUCCCAGAAGGGUUUGCUUAAAGAAGAACAAGUGUGGGGUGCUUCCAAAGGUGGAAAAAGCAAUGAGCUAUGUCUUUCUCAAGGUCAGCUUCCAACUUUUCUGCCAUAUUUCUUCUUCUUUGGUGCUGGGGGUGGAACCCAAGUGCUCCUGCACGCUCAUCAAGUGCUCCUGCACACUCAUCAAGUGCUCCCGCACGCUCAUCAAGUGCUCCCGCACGCUCAUCAAAUGCUCGUGCACACUUGUCGAGUGCUCGUGCACACUUGUCAAGUAUUCUAGCAAAUGGGUCACACCCUCAGCCCUGUGCUAGGUUCCCUUUGCCCCUUCUCUUCUGUGUGUAUCCCAAAUGGUCUCAUGGGCAUGUAUCUGUCACUUUGGUUUCCUUUCUGAUGGGGAGAAAAUUUGAUUUGAUAUUAAAAUGGCACAUGCCCCCCUCCUCCGCUAGCCAGCCCACCAGAGGCUUGGGCCAGACACAAUGUCACUGCACAACACUUUAAAGAACUCUAUCCCUUCUCCGUUCUGCACUGAUGAGCCAAUGGCAUUGACACCAUGAUCACCAACCCUCUGCAACUUCUUUUUCUGUUUGUGUAUUUGGGUUUUGUUGUUCCUCCCUGUUUUCAUUUUGUGAGUUGAUUUUUGGCUUUAUUCCUUUCUUGUUUGGUGGUUGUCAUUUUGCAUUGUAAAUACCAUGAUGUGAGGCUAUCCUUGGAACAUGACUUAUUUAAUAAUUUAUUAUUUCCUAUUUAUUGAGUGGUAUUGGGAAGGGAGGGGAGCCAGCCCUCCCCUUGGAUUGCUACUGGAAACCAUCUAUCUCUCAGCUCUGGGUGCUGCUGUCUGUUGUGGGGGAAUUAUCACCCAGGCAAUGAAUGCUGGAGUCACCAGAGAAUUGGAACCGGCAGAAACAGAGGCCCCCAUCAUACAAAUUAAGCCCAAAUGGAGCUAAAACGCUGGUUAUCUCCAGAAAACCUCAUUUAGAUGGAAAUUAAUUGAAGAACUCAAAUGCCUGUACACGAACCAACUUCUAUUAAAA